AUAGUUCACAGUCAAGUCCCGGAAAAAAAAAACAAGAGCGUAGCUAGGAAUCAUACAAACUUCCCCACCUGUUGCCCAUUAUUAGCUUAUAGCUAAUUACCCUUUUUAAUAGUCCAACAACCUGAAUAGAGAAUACAUCUCCCUUGGAGCAAACUCCCAAACUAUGCUUUUCACGUGCAACAAGCUGUAGAACUCGUUCCCCCUUUAUAAAUUAAUACCGUGUUGAUCAGUAUCAAUCAUCUCACACUUAUCAUUUAUUUCACUUUCAUUCUAAGCUCCCAAUGUUCAUUAUCAUAUUUUAACAUUAGUGUUUAGCUAUUCUUAUCAAAGAGUUACUUUCCUUAUAAGACUAAGAAGGCUAAUGGCUCUCGAGGGUGUGUUUUUGCAACACGUCAACAUCUACAGUUAUAAUGGCAAAGAAGCUUACUCUAACCUUUACAUAGAAGAUGAACCACACUUCUAUGAUCUCCAAGCCUCUCUAACUUUUCUCGAUAACCAAACAGAAAACUACAACUCUACUUUUCUACAAGAAGAUCACUACUAUGAGGAUACUACUACAUUCCUUCAUCAACCUCUUCCUGAAAUUGCAAUUAGUGAAGCAAAGAUUACCCCGAACGGAAACUCCUCUGGUAGCCCGAACUGCGAUAUGAGGUACCACCGAGAUAAAGAGAUAGACACUUCGGGUAGCAAGAAGGCAACACGCCGCAGAACAAGGGUGAAGAAGAACAAAGAAGAAAUCAAUAAUCAACGUAUGACUCACAUUGCAGUCGAGCGUAACCGAAGAAAAAUGAUGAAUGAGUACCUCUCUGUUCUCCGCUCUCUCAUGCCUGACUCAUACGUCCAAAGGUGUGACCAAGCAUCAAUAGUAGGAGGUACCAUAAACUUCAUCAGAGAACUUGAACACCGUCUUCACCACCUUAAUAAUAAUGGCGAACAAAACGAAAAGUCCUUAUCAGACGGCGAUAUCGAUAUCUCAUCCGCCACACCUUUCUCGGACGCCUUCAAGCUUCCCCAGUACUCAAUGGGUUCAUCUUCUGUCAGCGAAAACGUGGUUGUCGAUAAUGCAUUGGCUGAUAUUGAAGUAAGCCUCGUCGAGAGCCAUGCAAGUCUCAAGAUCAGAUCAAGAAGGAGACCAAAGCUUCUUCUCAACUUGGUCUCUGCUUUACAAAGCCUAGGGUUUAUCAUUCUUCACCUUAAUGUCUCCACUGUUUCUGACUUUAUCCUCUACUGUUUCUCCACUAAGAUGGAAGAUAAGUGUACGCUUACAUCAGUGGCUGAUAUUGCUACCGCAGUGUAUGAAAUGCUCAGUAUUCAAUAUUCAUGAUGAUGUUUCCCAACAGUAACCCUAAAGUAGACCGGUUUGCAGAGUCAAUGUUAGCAUGAUAUCAUUGGGGUUGGGAUAUUUUGCUACGAGUUCAUAUAAAUGUCCUUGGAUAGUACACUUGAUUUGGUUGUCCAGUAGUUAUAUUUAAUAUUGUGUACCAUUUUAUAGAUGCUUCUGUCCAUUGCACUUUCCACACAUUAUAGUAAACAUGGACGGUCCAUUUUUUA